AUGACUGGCAAUCGCAAUACUACUAGUCAAAACAAUCAUGUCACAACAAUCCAUAAUAUGGCGAACAAUAAUAAUAAUAAUAAUAAUAAUAAUAAUAAUAAUAAUAAUAAUAAUACUGUCUCAAAUGUGAAUGCCUCACCAGCUACGCCGAAUGGGUUCCAAGGUAAGAAAAAGAAGCUUUCUAUAUGGGUUAAGAAAAUUAUGCAACCGACUAAUACAAAACAUUCUUCUGUCAAUGGAAUCUCUAUUCGAAAUAAUAAUAGUGCUAGAACCAGUACGAGUAGUAGUAGGGAUAGUGGUAAUGGUAAGAGUAAAAAUAAGAAUAAAUUGAUAGAUGGUACCGCUGAAAAGGAAAACCAAUCGAUUCCAUACUUACAGCCCAAAGGAAUUACUAUGAAGGAUAAAAAAAUAAUAGACGCUAAGCAUCAGUAUCCUAAUGUCAAACCAUUUAAAGAUCAACGGCCUCGUAAUAGUAAAUCUCAAUCACAUGCCAGAGAUACCCACUCUGACUCCACGUCUGAUAUUGUUACUCUUUCUAAUCUAUCUAAUGUGUCUGAUGUUACAACCAUAAACUCAUCGCUGAAACCAUUAUAUCCAAUUGAAAAUACACCAAUUUAUAGUAGUAGUAAUCAUACAAGUAUUAUCAAUAACAAAACCUAUCAUGAUGCUACUAAUGGUACUCACCAUAAUAAUAAUAAAUAUACUGCUGAAACACUACCGAAGAAUACAAGUAUAUUGUCCGUUACGAAUACAAUUGAUGAAAAGAUGUCCAAAGGAGGAAUAUCAUGGGAUAACGAUCCCAUUAAAUUCCCGGAUCCAGAUGACGAUGGCGCUAGUACAGCCCCUUUAUUUUCAUUCUGCUCUUCAUCAAUAAAAUCUUCAAUGUUUUCAUCAGAUAUCAAAUCCAUUCAAUCGACUAGACCAACUAUUCUAUCCUGCGCAAGAACUGUGGAGACAAAUACAAGUACCAUUCCUAUCCCAUCUGCAAGUAUCUUAGAAAGGGCAAGACCUUCAUCGGUUAAUAAUAUGGCUGGUGGCAGUAAUAGCAAUACUGAGAAUUCUUUGAGGUAG